AUGACUAUCACACCGGAUAAUGGUGGAAAUGAGCUCCUGCUCCGUGAGGGAGAUACCCAAGACCCACAGGAAGUAUCAACUCAAGAAGAUAUGAUCACGACAUUACUAACUGUCGUCACGGCCCUCCAAGAAAAGGUGGCUAGGAAUGAGGCAGCCAAUGCUGACAACGACGCCUCGACUGAAGGAAAAAGGCCUCCUCCUCCCAUUCCUUCACCGAGCUCUCCAAUGCCUGAUCACUUCCCCAUCUACCCACCAGGAACCAUCCCACCUCUAUUAAAUCCAACUGACCCGAAUAACGUUCGUGUUUCUUACCGCAAUCCCCAGCCGGUGUGCAACAAUACAGUAAAUCAACCACGUGUUUCAGCUCUGCCAACAGGGCAAACUACGUAUGUUCCAUUAAACCAUCUUACUCACCAAACAAUGUCUUUAUACACUCCCAAUGUCCCAAAUGAAUCUUCUCUAGGACACAAAGAACUAGACAAAUAUGAGGGAAUGGAGAAGGCCCGGAGGGCUGAACACGACAAACGUGAGAGGAAUACGGGAAACAAAUGGAGGAACUAUUGA